CUUGGGCCCCCAGGAGGCGUGGGGGGGGGCCGCCUUGGGGGUUUUGCCUUGCCCAGCCUCCUCCCCGUCGUCGUGGGCGGGGCCAGCCAGGUCCUGGACGCCGUCGUGAACUUCCUGUACAGCGGCGAGGUAGGCGACCUCCAGCAGGACGCCUUCCUGCUCUGGCAGCUCGUCUGCCUGUGCACCCAGUACGCCUUGCCUGCACCGUUGGCCGAGCACGCCCGCACGGCGCUCGUAGCGGUGAUCGACGAGCCGAGGCACGCGCCUGUUGCACCUGUACUGAUGCAGGCCGCGGACAAGGUGGGCCUCACGACGGAGGAGCGCGGCUUCGUCGCCUGCGCGGUGCUUCGCUGUCCCGCCGCCUCGGCGGGCACAGAAGGCCC